UCGUCAGUCUUUGUUUUCUUAUCGGUUGGCGCUGUCCUUAUCUCGGGGAAAAAAAAGUUUUUUUUAAAUAAUUCAUAACAUAAUCGUUGGAUUAUAGGAGAAACAAUAGAAAUCCCCGCUCGAUUUAAUUGAUUGUCAUUAUCUUAUCUAGAACUGAGUAAAUUAAGUUUUUAAUUAUAUUACAUAACCCACCUUAGUUCGGCCGGGCCUUUUCGAACAGAGAUCCCGUGGAAACGGUUUCACGUCGACCGAUUUGAUCCCCAGCAUGAAAAUGAUUUUAUCCUGAUAAUCGUCACGGGAAAACACGGAAAAUCGAAAUUUUAAAGUAAAAAAAACCCGCACCCCUUUCGAUUCCUGCUUUAAUCCGGUCCGUCGUUUUUGUGACUUCAAAGGCGAUGAUUCCGUCAGAAGAGACACCGUCUGGGGUGACCUUCGUCCACUGGCUCCUCAGGAAAUUUCUCCCAGAAAGGACAUUCAACAAGUUGCUGUGGUAUAGGACGAGUGUGCUAGUGUUAACCUAUAUAACUUACAUUUGUUACCAUGCGGCAAAAAGACCUUUGGCUGUCCUCAAAAGUUAUUUUAAUAGGAGUUGCACUGAUAUAAUUCCUCCUCCAUAUAUAAUAAUCAACGAUACAAAUCGUGAUACAUGGUGUGAUUGGGCGCCAUUUGAUGGACCUCAUGCUGGGACUGUACUCGGUGCCUUAGACUCUUCAUUUUUAUUCGCAUACGCUGCAUCAAUGUUUGUGAGUGGUUUCGUUGCUGAGCGUAUGAGUUUGAGGUAUUUUUUGGCUGUGGGAAUGAUCACUACUGGCAUUUCUUGUUACCUAUUUGGGCUCGCUAAAUAUGUGGGAAUUCAUUUUUUAUCGUACUACAUUUUUGUUCAGAUAUUUGGCGGUAUUGUACAAAGUACAGGAUGGCCAGCUGUUGUGGCUGUGAUGGGGAACUGGUAUGGAAAAAGCAAGCGAGGCCUUAUUUUCGGCAUUUGGAAUUCUCACACCUCCGUCGGAAACAUGCUUGGCAGCAUUAUAGCUAGUUACUUUCUUACUAUUGACUGGGGAUUAUCAUUUAUUGUGCCGGGUUUGAUAACAGCCGCAGUCGGAUUUAUUAAUUUUCUUUUCCUUGUUGACAAACCAGAACACGUCGACAUAUAUAUAAACGUACCUGACGAAAGUGAACAUAGUGUGCAACAUGAAGAUCAAUCGUCUGAAAGCGCACAUGAGAAUUCUGAUAAUCCCAAUACAGCACUACUUAGUUACCAGAAUUCUAGAAAAUUAUAUUCACAGGAGAGAGAGGAGAGAACAAGAAGGGAUGAAAAUGCAAUCGGAAUGAUAGCUGCAUUAAAAAUACCGGCUGUAGUUGAAUUUUCUCUCUGCCUUUUCUUCGCUAAACUAGUUUGUUAUACGCUAUUGUUCUGGCUGCCGUUCUACAUUAACAAAUCAACUACAUAUGGUGAAAAAUUCAGCGGAUACAUUUCGACGAUAUUUGAUACCGGAGGAAUCGCUGGGGGAAUUAUCGCCGGGGUGUUAAGUGAUCAUUCAGGAAAAAGCGCCCUUACAUGCUCAUUCAUGUUGCUUGUGUCUAUUCCUUUACUUUGUGUUUAUUUUCUUUACAACGAGCUUUACAAAGCAGCAAGCUUUGCAUUGAAUGUUACAUUAUUGGCCCUGGUGGGUUUUUUUGUCAAUGGGCCUUAUGCAUUGAUCACUACAGCGGUAUCUGCCGAGUUGGGGACACACAACACUCUUGUUAACAAUUCCAAAGCAUUGGCAACAGUAACAGCUAUAAUUGAUGGAACUGGAUCUAUAGGUGCUGCAGUCGGGCCGUUACUUGCUGGGAUUUUACUCCAGUAUGGUUGGGACAAAGUAUUUUAUAUGCUAUUAGCAUCGAACAUUUGUGCAUUUCUUAUGCUUACAAGGCUGGUGCUAAAAGAAUUAUUUGAAACACCCAACGUAAGAGGCUAGUAAUGUGAUAGAUUUUGUGACAUUAGUUUUAAUUUGUAUUGCAUAAAUGUUUGUAUUUAAAAAAAAGUGUUUUCAACCAAAUUUAUUUAUGUAUAUAUGGUACAUAUUUUAUAACAAUUUAAGAAAGAUUUUUAUAAAGAUUUACUGUUAAAUUGUUUUAAUAUAUUACGUUUUCCGUGAAAGAUCAA